CGCGCGGGCGGCGCGUGGCGCUGGGGACGUCGGGGGGGACGCAGGUGCCGCUGGAGGCGCGCGCCGUCCGCUUCCUGGAGAACUUCAGCAGUGGGCGGCGCGGCGCCGCCUCGGCCGAGCGGCUGGUGGCGGCCGGUUACGGCGUCUGCUUCCUGCACCGGGCCCGCUCCGCCUUCCCCUGGGCGAGAGCCCUCCCGCCGCCCGGGCCCGCCCUGCUCGACGCCCUCCGCCUCACUCCCGGGCCGCCGCCCGGCGUGGCCGCCGACCCCGCCGCUCUCCCCGCCUUCCUUCCCGCCCUCCGCGACUACCGCCGCGCUACCGAGGCCGGGGCGCUGCUGGCCAUCGAGUUCACCGGCCUGGCCGAGUACCUGGCGCUGCUGCGGGCCGCCGCCCGCGCCCUGGCGCCCUUCGGCUCCAGUGUCAUGUUUUACCUGGCAGCUGCCGUGUCGGAUUUCUACAUCCCCGCCUCGGAGAUGCCUGAGCACAAGAUCCAGUCCUCGGAGGGGCCCCUGCAGAUCACAAUGAAGAUGGUGCCAAAAAUGCUGUCUCCUCUGGUCAAAGAAUGGGCCCCAGAGGCAUUUGUUAUUUCCUUUAAACUGGAGACGGAUCCCUUGAUCUUAAUCGAUAAAUCACGGCAGGCUCUGGAGAAAUAUCGUCACCAGGUGGUGGUAGCAAAUAUCCUGGAGUCGAGGAGAACCUCUGUUAUUAUUGUAACCAAAGACUCACAGACUCCAUUAUCUCUUUCUGAUGAGGAAAUAGCGCAAGGCAUGGAGAUAGAGGAGAAGAUAGUGAGCUAUCUUCAGGGCCAACAUACUGCAUUUAUAGAGAAGAAAGUCUGAGGACCGGCUCUGAAUGAAACAAGUGAAAUUGUACUAGAGAGGGAGUGGAACUGGAGCCAUUCUCUAUCCCAGGAAUGGUGCUUUGCAGAAAAUAAGAUGUGUUUUUAUGACUGGAGUGGAGCGACAGAGCUGGCAAUCAUCCGGUAUUGAAAGUGGAUGGUGAAACAACUGUGGCAAAAGAUGAAGGCGAAUGAGGUGGUAACAACUUUGGAGAGCUUCUGUUGCUCCAGGGGAGAUCCAGUGGAUCUAUGCUUCAGGAACUCUGCUCAGAAACACGGUUCAAAAAAAUAGGAAGCAAAGUGUGUAAUUUUGUGGUAAAAAAACUUAACUGCAGCUCUCCCGCUGUCCAUUGUGUGCCUAUUUACACGCUUUCUUUGAAAUAAAUUUGCUGGAAGUCUGUAAAGACACAGUAACGCACAAGAACGCUGUUCUUGCACUUGAAGCCUCUCCAGAGGUGAGACUGCUAUUUAAAACCACCGACCAUUCAAGAAGACAGCGGUACUUUUGUAGUGAUUACGACCACCUGAAAAUGAGGUAUGCUCAUAAAAUGAGGAAGAGAAACCCAGCAGAGCAAGAAAAGAGCAUGAGGAUGGGCUCAGCGGAUCAGGAGGGAGCAUUGGAACACUAAAGGAGUAUGAUAUGUUUAGUGAUGGGAGAAACAGUCCAGAUGAGUCAGGAGGGCUGAGAUCCAGCUAGUAACUGAGUUGGGAGAAGGAGCUAAUGACUUCUAGUGGCUGGGACUGACACCUGCAGAAGGUGGAGAGAGAAGUGCAGCGGAGACUGUUGUGCGUAGAUGUGGGAAGUGCCCAUUGGAGACGUGCAAAUAGGGGAAGGAGAAGAUGAUGGAACAUCCUGCGCAUGUUUGAUGUGCUCACGGGCCCUGAGAGCUGCCUGUCUUCGUCUUCCAGUACGUAACUGAUGUGCACGCUGAGUCCUGCUAGUUUAGGGGUUUCUGUUGUCUUUAUUUGGAGUCUCACACUUCCAACCAGGGGUGGGCCAGCAAAGAUGAGAGUAUAAAAACUUGUGUAAAUUGAACGUGCCCUUGCAGGAGUGUUGGCAGAAGGGGUGGGAGAAGUGCAAACACUGCUGUCUGGAGUAUUUGGGACUUCCUGUGUCAGGUAAUUGUGAAGGAGAGAAAUAAUCUGAACUUUUCCUGGAGAAGACUUGGGCAUUGGACCCUGCGGGAGUCUCAAGGGGCUGCACCGUGCGACUCAGGAACAGGGCUGCGGGCUUCCCUGCGUAAUGUCUGCCCCUCCGUCUUCAGGAGGGUGCUGAAGCCCAGGCUGGGGAGACUUUGAAAGCUCGAACUAAGCCACAGCCAUCCCGAUCCGGUGUUGGUGAUGGUCCUGUUUGGGAGGAUGGGAGCUCACAUCUCACCAACAUCUCUAGCGCUGGCAGUGUUUGGGCACCAUCCCUUCCCUUUGGGGAUGUCUGGUGUGGUACCAUGAGGAGGAAGCGGCUCCUGCAGGUCCAGGACCAUCUCUAUGUCGCUUUCUGAGGAUCCCAGGCUCUGCUCCAUCGAAGGUCCUCACUGUGCCUCCUCUCCACGUCUUGGUCUUUGCCUACCGUCCUCUUGAGCAGCGCCUUCAACUGGCGAGUCAGCUCUGCAGGACGAAGCCUGCUUUGUCCCUUGCAGUUUCUCCGUCUCAGUUUCAUGUAGGUGCUCGCUUUACCUCGGGGGAAGUCCGUCAUCUCCCGCAGCUUCACGUGGGGGUUCCGAAGAAAAUCGGAAAAACCUUCAGCCCCUUUUGCUUGGUUUUUGGUGCUAGCCGUAAGCGUUUCGGUAGAUCCCUUUGAUCGUGCGGUGGACUUGAAGGGUGGGUGGAGAC